AUGGACGAAGCGCUGCACGACCUCGGGGGGAUCCGCGUCGACCCGCCCCGCCGCCCGCUGGGCCUGGACCGCAUCUUUGAGCGCGCGCAGCGGUGGAAGCAGGGCGCGCCGUCCGCGCCCGUCCGCACGCCCUCGCCACCCCCGUCGGCGGUCACGCUCGCCCUGCCUGCGCCGCUGCGUGAUGGCGCGGCCGAGUCGCCCCUCGGGGAGCUGUUCGCGUACCCCGACCUCGUUCCACUUGUACUUGAGCACCUGCGCCGCCCGGGCGAGCUCGCCACUGCCGCGCGCGUGUGCCGCGACUGGCAGCGCAUCGCGACGAGGAAACUGUACCGCGAUAUCUGGGUGCGGCCUUGGGAACCAGCACCGAAGGAGAAGUUCUUACACCUCUUCGAGACCCUGUCGGCCAACGCUGAGCUGUGUGCCGCUGUUCGGAGCUUAGACGUUCGAUUCUUCCCCUUGGAUAUUACCGGGGAAGAACGGCACGCGCUCGAGGACACCCUCCUCCAGGCCUUUCGGCAGAUGACGAACAUUGAGCGCCUCGUGUGGACCCGAGACCGCUCGAUGUUCGCCGAGCUCUUCGACGUUGUCGCCGCCCUACCAAAGCUGCAGCAUGUUGAGCUAUCGGGGCACGCGUCUCGCCUCUUCGAGCCUGCCCUCCUCGCCACCAUGGCGGAGCUGCGCGACCUGCGAGUGUACAUGCCCGACGCGGUGUUCCGGACAGCCCUGUCGGACGUGAUCACGCUUCUGUGCGACAGGCCCAUUGGUGGGCUGGAGGGCCUGGCACUCAUCUGCAAGAGCUUCAACCUGAUCAACGACGAAAUGCUCCGCGCGCUGGCGCCGUGCCUCUCUUCGUUGAAAAGGUUGCAGCUUAUAGGCUGCACGCGUAUUACGCGAACAGGGGUGUACGAUGUCUUGCGGGAGGCGGACGGCAUCGAGGAACUCAUCUUGGACGCGCCGCCACAUUCGGACUUGAUAGACCUCUCUGGUGCUCCAGAACUUCCGUCCCUCAAGACCUUUUCACUUUCCUUCCCUGCUCCGCAUGGACGAGAGGUGUUGGAGCCCAGUGAUAUGCCGUUGUUGCGAAGGGCGGACACGUUGACAGCUCUCGAGCUGACGCUCUCGACAAAUGGCGCGCACACCGCCCAGCGGCACCGUCUUCUCCCAAUACCUGCUUUCGAUGCCUUGACGAGGCAGAUAGACUUCCACCGGUUAACUCGACUCGCUCUACUCAACCUCGUCAUCGACACCGACACGCUUACAGCCAUCCUCGAGGUAUCGCCUUCCCUCGAAGAGCUGUACAUUUCAGUUCCAUCCCGUCGCGUUCUCCAGCAGACGACUGCACUCCAGUCGACACGACUCCGCAUCCUCCACGCCAACGCACCGGAGAGUGCGGGUCCAACUCGCCACAACCUGGCUGAGCUCGCACUCGUUAUGCCAAAGCUCCAGCAGAUCGGCUCCCUGAACCGCGUGUAUGAAGUCCACAGGCGGUUCGACGGGGAGAAGCUCGUAGUUGAGCUCGCCCGGUGGUCUCAGAUCAUGAUACCUGCCAUGUCGGACGACGAGCGGUCAUCUUCCGCCGACCUGGACGAGGAGCGCUCCUCUCCCGUUCGCACAAAGAAGAGGGAUCAGGAUGAGCAGGAGCAGCAGGAGCAGCCGCAGCAGCGCCGCGGUGGUGGCGACGACGAUGACGAGGACGACGAAGAUGACGAGGAUGAGGACGAUGAGGACGAUGAGGAUGACGAGGAGGAGGGCGGUGAUCAGCACAAGAGCAAGCGUCAUAAGUCACACCGUCGUAAAAAGGCAAACCGUUUCCUCGAUGUCGAGGCCGUGGUCGACGAUGACGAGGAAGAGGAGGACGAGGAUGACAAUUACGAGGAUGUGAGGGAGUUCAUCGAGGAGGGAGGUCCCGACGAUGGCGUCGCCGACGAGGGGCACCACCGCCGUCUUGAUCGCUCCAUCCGCCGGGAGGAGGACAACAUUGAGGAGAUUCUCCAGGGUAUCAAGGAGCGUCACGCGUACGGCCGACAGGCAAAGUACAAUGCCGAAAGCGACCAGAUUCCCCAGCGUCUCCUCAUGCCUGGUGUCGAUGACCCAAGCCUGUGGCAGCUUCGCGUCAAGGCUGGCCGUGAGCGUGCCAUCACCGCGUCCAUCUUCCGCAAGGUGUUUGAGGCCCAGUACAACGGCAACCCUCUCGAGGUGCUCUCCGUCUUCUUCCGCGACUCCCUUCCAGGAAUCCUCUACCUCGAGGCCAGGCAGGCUGCCGCGGUUACGGCGGCGGUGAACGGCAUUGUCGGCGUCUACCUUUCGCGCGGUGUGCAGCUCGUGCCUAUUGAGGAAAUGGCUCCCCUUCUCCGCAUCAAGAAGAAGGAGAUCAACCUCACGCCCGGCAUGUGGGUCCGUCUCAAGCGCGGCAGGUACACUGGCGACUUGGCCCAAGUCAUCGACACGGACCAGUUGACCAGCGGUGUCGUUGGUGUCAAGUUUGUUCCUCGUAUCGACUUGACGCCACGCGAGAAGAAGCAGGAGCGUAUCACCAAUGGCAAGGGUGGUCUUGGAGGCAGCUUCCGACCCCCUCAACGCCUCUUCAACUAUGAGGACGUGCGCAAGAUCUACGGCCACCAGGCGCGUUCUGGGGCGAACGGCGGCUACGUCUUCGACAACGACGAGUACAUCGACGGAUUCUGCUUCAAGGACAUCAAGAUCAACCUGCUCACGACCGAAGAUGUCAACCCAACGCUCGAGGAGGUGUCCAAGUUCAGUGGAGAAGGCAACACCAACAAGUUUGACUUGUCGGCCAUCGCCGAAGCCAACCGCAACAUGUCGUCGUCUUUCGUUACCCCUGGUGACCAGGUCGAAGUGUUCGAGGGCGAAUUGGCCGGCCUGCUUGGUUCUGUCGAGACCAUUGCUGCCGACACCAUUUCCAUCAAGGCUAUUGGCGGCGAAAUCCACGGCCAGAUGGUCGAGGUGCCUGCCCGCAGUGUGCGCAAGAAGUUCAAUGUCGGAGAGCACGUCAAGAUCACUGGUGGAAAGAAUGCCGACGUCUCGGGCAUGAUCGUCGAUGUCAAGGGCGACGUCGUCACCCUCAUGUCCGACCAGGGCGAGCAGGAGAUCAAGGUCUUCUCCAAGGACAUCCGCAAGGCUGCCGACAUUGCUGGCGGCUCGGAGCCCACAGGCCUGUUUGAUCUCCGAGACCUUGUUAUGCUCGACUCGACGACUGCCGCCGUCAUUGUCAAGAUCGAGGGCAGGUCGUUGCGUGUUGUGGACCAGAAUGGCAUUGCACGCACGGUCAGCACGAACGAGGUGUCACUGCGCCGUGACAACGCGCGGUACGCGGUCGCCACCGACUCGGCAGGCCAGGACAUGAAGGUCGGCGACGCGAUGAAGGAGGUGGACGGCGAGUACCGCCGUGGAGAAGUCAUCAACAUCUCGCGCUCCUUGUUCGUUUUCCUCCACAACCGCGAGUACCCCGAAAACUCUGGCGUUUUUGUCGCCCGCGCUUCGUCGCUCGUGUCCGUGACGCCAAAGUCCGCCAUGAGCGACUUGACCAAGAUGAACCCCGCCCUCAAUGCGCAGCUUCCACAGGGUGGCGCCAGCCUCAUGCCCCCUCCCGCAUUUGCGGGUAACCGCAGGCUGAUCAACACCCCAGUUGUUGUUACAAAGCAGACAUACAAGGGUCUCGUCGGAGUCAUUAAAGAUGUCGUGGGCGACAAGUGCCGAGUGGAGCUCGCAACCAACAACAAGACGAUUCUUGUCGCCACGGCCAUCCUUAAGCGCAAGGACCCCAAGACUGGCGUCACGUCGCCUCUGGAAGUUGGAGCCGGCGGUGGUGGCGGCUAUGGCGGCGGCGGCGGCGGUGGUGGUGGUUACAGCAGGGGACCACCUGGCGGUGGCUACGACGCCAACCCCUACGGCAGCAUGCCUCCUCCGAACGGUGGCCAGACGCCUGGCGCUCGCUUCGGCCAGACUCCCAACCCAUACGGCUCUGGGGGCUUUGGCAAGACGCCGAACCCAUACGCGUCGGGCGGCAAGACGCCAGGUGGCUGGGGAGCUGGCGGGAAGACUCCUGCACCUGGAUGGGCCGGCAGCGGCGGCAAGACGCCGGGUUGGGCUGGCGGUGGCGGCAAGACGCCUGGCUGGGCCGGCACUGGCGGAGGAAGGACACCCGCGCCAUCGUAUGGCGGUGACGGUGGAAGGACUCCUGGAUGGGGUGGUGCCUCAUUUGGUGGUAAGACGCCAAACGCGUACAGCGCACCGACCCCUGGUGCUGGCUACAACGACCCAGGAACAUCAAGGGGUCCCAUGUCCGCGCCGACUCCGUACGGCGGAGGUCCAUCCAACCCGUACAGCGCACCUACUCCUGGUGCUGCCUUGAGCGCGCCGACGCCAGCCCCUCCUGGAGGAUUCAGUGCCCCUACUCCUUACUCGGCACCCACGCCUGGCGUUGGUUUCUCGGCACCAACCCCAGGAGUUGGUCUGUCAGCGCCGACGCCAGGAGCCGGACUGUCAGCCCCAACACCAGGUGGUCUUCCGUUUGGCGCACCAACACCAUUCGGCGCACCUACGCCAUUUGGAGGAUCCGCUCCUCAAAGUGCUCCCAAUGCGAAUGGCGUGGCUUGGGACUGGGCACUCGACUUCCGCAACGUUCUUGUUGAGGUCGGACCAUCUCAGAAGAUUGGUACCCGCAGUCCCCGGCACUUCAGGCGAGGCGAGCUCGACGGCCAGACAUUGGGUAUCGAGUCGACAACGGGUGCCGAGAACGUCAUCUGUCGCCUUAUCUCCAACCCGUCCGAGACGAUUGAGAUUCCUGCCGAGUACCUCUUGCCUGUUCGUCCCGACGGCCCCGGCCAGAUGGUCAUCUUCAUUGGCGGCGACCUCAGCCUGCGUGGCCAGCAGCGCACGACGUUCAUCAAGGACCAGGAGCAGUGGAUGAUGGAGCAGGACGCGUCGGACGUGGUGGCUCUGGUCAUGGACGAGCAGAGCCUGGCGCGUAUCUGGAAGUCCGACUAGUGUGGUGUGCAUGAAGUGAACAUCGAGUAGUUAGUGAGCAAUAGUUAUGGUAUCAUAUGCACAGAGAGC